GCCUCUGCCAUCAGUCGACAGUUGACAGUUGCCUCGUCUUGUGGAAUCCGAUCUUGUGCUCUGCUGCUCCUAAAACUAAACUCAAUUGCUUUGUUCACCAAUAAAUAAUGUGCUUAACAAGUCUUUAGCUCCGGCCAAAGCAAACGUAAUCUUGGACAAAAUGUCUAAACUCUAAUUCGAGAGUUUUGCCUCAACCCAAAAAAAAAUAAAGUAAAAAUUAUGUUGCUUCAAUGCUUCAGUUUAAAGCAAUGCAUAUCGCUGUUGUUGCUGCUGAUGACAGCAUCGCCCAUGCAAAUGGCGGCCAUCGAUGCGAAUUCAAAGGAUGCGUUGGCGUCGUCCUGGAGCAGCAGCAGCAGCGACAGCAGCGGCAACUGGCCAGCCAACAACUUGUAUGCCAACGGAAACCCUUUGCCAAAUAUUGAGGCCAUGGAAAUGGCGCCCGAAUUUGUUGACAUGCCUUUCAAUUUCCCGCCGUAUCCGUUCAACAAGAACAGACAUUGGCGUUCCGAUAAAUACUUAAAGCAUCUGGUCCAGGUGCAUCGGACAUGGCUGCAAUCUCCGGCUGAGCGAUCUAGAAGAAAAGUGAAACGCGGCCCACAAUAUUGGCCAAUGAGUCUGAAUGAUUACGGGCUCUCGUCGGAUAUAGCCAACUACUAUCAACGCAAACGCGAACCGGCCGUAUAUGAGAGUUCACGCUUCAAGCCCUCCAUCAGUGCUGGAGUAAUGACAAAUCUGGGUGAUUUCUUUAAUCAGCUAAAGGCGAACGUUCAUUAUGCCGAGCAAUCGCAGCACCAGAUAGGCGAAGAGGAGUCCCAGCUGCUCGAAGGCAUCCAUCCACAUCAGCAGCAAAGGGAGAACGAUGACGACGAUGCAGAUGCAUUAGAUGGCGCCGAUUAUGAUUCCGGGCAGCCGCCCGAUCGCAAGGGAUCAAAGUUGCGUAACUAUCGGCCAUCGCAGAAGAUACGCUCUUUGGUCUCACGUAAUCCCAAUGGUUAUCGCGGUUCGCAGUUUAUUGAUCCGAGCUACAUGUGGUUGGGUCUGGGAAAAUGACCAUAAACUGCUCUAUAUAUAGGUUGCAACGAUUCGAGAGAUCCUCUUCCUUCAGCCCCGCCCCUAAAUUUUUCAAACUUUUAUC